GCGCCCUCUAGUGACGAACAUUAAAAUCUUGCACAUGCGCAAGAAAAGGCUAUGUCGUCUGAACGUUUGCUGCUAUCGACAAACCGAAACCAUAAUAGCCCUGAUUCUGAGGAUUCUCCCUUACUGCAAGACGGUAUUGCUGAAACAGCAGAUGACCCUCUGGCUAUCACAGCCAUCCAGUCAGCUGCAGCAUUCUCCACAGAUCAGCAAAUUAAGUAUCAUCUUGUAAAAACGGAAGGAACAGGGCGACAGGUGACAUACCGGGUGAUCCACUUGGCUGAUGGGCAGGUAGAAGGACAGGCAGAUGGGGCUGCAGCAGUCAGUGUGGUGACUGGGUUUCCCACAGUAACUCAGGCAGCCACACCACAUGUAACCCAGGCUGUGAUCUCGCAGUCUGAGAGUCUAGAGGGAGAGACGUCGGAGACUCAAUACUACUAUCCUGCCACCAUCUCUGACACAACUGCCAGCACCAUGGUCACCAAUCUCCACACAGCUGAUUCUGUACUAUCUCAACCAACCUCUGCAGGUCAACUCUAUGUAAUGAUGACACCUCAGGAAGUUCUAGCCACACCACAGAGUAAGUCGGGAACUCCGCGUGCUUCCAGGGAUGACAAGCGGAAGGCUCAACACAAUGAAGUGGAACGUAGACGGAGGGACAAGAUCAACAACUGGAUUGUCCAGCUUUCCAAAACAAUUCCUGACUGCAAUGUGGAUGAAACCAAAAAUGGUCAAAGUAAAGGUGGGAUCUUGUCUAAGGCAUGUGACUAUAUCCAAGAGCUGCGUCAGAGCAAUGCAAGACUGGAGGAGGAACUUAAUACUGUGGAUCGACUGAGAAUGGACAAUCAGCUUCUCAAACAAGAGAUGGAAGAGUGGAAAUCAAAGAAUCAGAUGAUCAGAGCCCAGUUAAGACAGCACGGCAUAGCAGCAGCAUCAAUGGACUCUCAGUGAAGAACUGCACAUUAACUAUAAGCUUCUCCUGCCCUGGUCUUGUCAUUAAUUCUGUUUAUUCAUGUUUGAAAUGACAUGUAAGAAGUCAUUCUUACCGUGGACAGUCACACUUCUCUCUUUGUCUCCUUCACUGUUCACUUCACACGCAGCCUUUGAUUGUUUCAGAUUAUUUGCGGAGUGGUCUGGUAUCUUAACUGCACUGAAAUUGUGUAGAAUUGUCAGAUCUGUAUAUUUGUAGAUCUGUGUCUAAAUAAUGAUUAUACUUUGAAU